GUAACAUAUUAAUGGAAUCAUUUUUACAAGUCAAGCAAGAAGUUCCCGAAACGUUUCUGUAUCACUGCUUGAUCGAAACAUUAAGACCUGAGCGUACAUAUAAGAUGAGUGUCUGGGACUUCAUCUUUUCUUUCAUGUCAGAUAAGGCCGAAAGCGAAUUCAAUAAAGCAUUUAACCAUCAUUUGAGUAUCGCUGCAUCAAUUAUCAUCUUUUCAGAUGUACACACAAAGCCACUUGCUUCAUCUCCAAAAUUUUAUAAUUGGGUACUUCGAAAAUUUGGAGCUGAUGCACCAAUAACUGCUCUGUGCUUUGAUGACCUCUUGGAAACACGUGUCAGCCUCGAUAUUCAACUUCAAACAUCACAUGGAAUUAACCAAUGUACAUUCAAGGCAAUCUGUAAUACCUUUAAGAUUUACUGUAACACGAAAAAAUUUUUCUUACCUAAACACUUGAAGACAAUUUCACGAUGCGUUAGCGAUGAAAUUCUUUGCCCAUUAUUUGAACACUAUUUUGCUGUCUUUUUUGAUCUAGAAGUAACUUUUCCAUUACCUACU